GCAGAUCUACUGCACACAUUGCACACACAGCACACCUCCCCCAGGCUAUAAUUCCUUAGGUCAUUUCUAACGAUAUUCUUUUGACAAAUAUAUAAAGAAACAAUUUAUUGGUGUUCAUUGUAGGCUACUUGUAUUCUGCUUAAGAGCAUAAUGACAGCUUUCCACGAGUUUGUUAUAUGGGCUAAAUAAAUAGGGGUGGGUCAGGACAGGAGGGGAACAGGAAGAGACUGAACAGACAGACAGAGUGUUAAGUAGAGCAUGUUGCAACUUCAUGUCAACUUUCCACUUGUCAGGAGCAUUUGCUGAAGCGUUUUUUAACAGGGAAAGAAGUCAUGUUCAGCGUUACGUCUGUUCACCCUAGGAGAUGAUGGUAAUCAAAAGUCAUAUAUGAUAAGAAGACAAGACGGAGACAUUGGAAGUCAUCUGAGGGUAAACCAUCUCCUAGUUAAGCGUGGGAAGAAGUUUGGUUUUUCAUAUUGUCAAAGUUCUGAUUUAGAGGAAAAACAAUGGAUAUGGCAGUGGAUGGACAAUCCACCAGAAAGGAGGACUUGGAACCUCUCUUCAUUUUAGAAGAGGGAGACGACAUUGACAGUGUUAUGUGCAAUACAAGUAAAGUCAACGGCCAAGAGACUGUAAUGAUAACUCAACAAGACAAUGGAGAUACUAUUAAAGGAAACCACCAGCCUGUAGAGCAACUACAAGACUCGGCUGUCUGUGAGUCUGAGGACGGGACUGUAAAGAAGUCAGAAAUACAAGAAGAGGAGAGAGGGGGUGAUCCAGAGAAGAGGACACCGAGGGAGAUGGAGACCAAAGACAGCAAGGCUGCUGACAUAGACGUGAAUAUGGAGAAUGAAGCAAUGCUGAGAGCAAAGGAGAGCGUACCAGAUGAACCCUCAGCAGUGGGUGAGGGAGCAUCACACACGCAGACUGCUCCACGAGAGACAGACGCCACAGCCGAGACAAAAACAGAAGUCAUAUUAAGGCACAAAACACAACCCAGUGCAGAAACACCCAAAAAGUGUAAAGACUUUUUGAGUCCAGAUGAUGCACAGAAAAAGUGUAAAGACUUUUUGAGUCCAGAUGAUGCACAGAAAAAGGUCAACAGGUUAAGUUCUGAUUUCCCCGACGCUCUGUAUGAGCUGCUGUACGCUGUGCAGGAGGGCAGAAGACUGAAUGACCAGCGCUGCUCUUUCAAACUAGAACCGAGACGGAGAUGCUAUUCUGAGCCGGGAACCCCUCGCCAUAGUAACAGAGUCAUGUUCUCCUCGAUGACAUCACUGCAGAAGGAGGAGUUCUUUGACCUGGUGGCCACGUCUCAAGCCCGGCGUCUGGACGAUCAGAGGGCUGAGGCCGAAAGCAUUAUUCCGGUUCCUCCGCAGCCCCAGGCGCCCCCAGCCGAUGAGCCCAAAGCUUGUGACAGGAAGCUGAGUAUCAAGGCCAGUGUGAUGAAGAAGGCAACCAAGGCCCCACCUCCUAAAGAAGACCUUUACAAUAUGAUCCUCACAUCCCAAGCUCAAGGCAGACUGGAGGAGCAGAGGAGCCGAGCUCCUGGUCCGAUGGAUGACGAGGACUUCUUCUCUCUGCUGCUGAAGGUUCAGGGUGGGAGGAUGGACGAGCAAAGGACUGAGUUUCCUGACAAUCACUGAGGGAAGUAAAGACUGAAUGGUCUUACAGAGCCAGACAUGCAAUACAAGAAAGGUCAACAUCAAGACAGCCAUGUAGGAAUUAUAUCUAAAUUUGAGAGGAAGUGAUAAGCAAAUUUAGUGAAAUCAUUUCAAUUUUAAUUUCAUUCGAUUUCUAAUGUUGUGGGCUGACAGAAGGCUGGAGGAGGGAAGACGGCAUUGCGGUUCAGAGCUGUCUGCAAAGUGCUGAAGUCACCUUUUGAGCAUGAAGACAAGGUUUGAAGAGACCACAGUCUGUUUGAGCUAACCAGCACUAGUCCAUCAUGCACAGUCAUGUCAGGCUAUUUUGUACAUUCCUCUCAUUUCAAUCAAACUUACUAUCAAAUGUAUUUGAAUGGAUGGUUUUCAGUUUGUAUGAGUGACUGUAUUUUUGGAUGGCCUUGAUGAUGUCUUUACGCAAUGCUUAUUGAGGCAGCACUCAUUUCAAACUAGUUUUACAUGCCUUAUUUAUCAAGUGCCUGAAAUCCAUAUAUUACUAAACUGUUACUGUCCUAAGAAAGUUGUAAAUAUAUUUGAUUGUUAAUGUUGGUAUACUGGUAUUACUGGAAUAUCCUCACGCUUGAAAAGGGUCAACACUGGGAUAUGUCCUGAACACAUGGAUUGUGUAAACAGUCAUGUGUUCUGAAAGAAAUCUUUUGGGAAAAUGUCUUUGACAUUCUUAUAAGGGGAGUGGAUAUCCACUCCUCUCUUGGCAGGGCUUUGGCAGUAGCUGAAUGUUUGAUAUUUUUUCUUAAAUAUGGUUUUAGAUUCCCUACAGAUCUGCCAAUGGCAUCCUCCCGAAGUCUCUGUGUUCAGGUGAUCUUAAUCUUGCUAUUUAAAAACAGAAUAUAUAUUGAAUUAUCAUAUGUCUGCAGCAGUUUCCUUUUGGAGGGUUCUUAAACCUGGAACAUUAUUCAGAUUAUUGCUACUGUGAUGAAGGCAUAUGUUGCCUUAAGAGCGCUGUGAGGGGCUGGGAAAUGGGAAAAUGCUUAAUUCUGAGAAACCAGUUUCUGUGCAUAACCAAACGUCAACAUGUACUGUAUCUUUGCCUAAUGCACAUGUAGACUGUUUUGGUUAAAGCACUAUUGCCAAACACUGUUUGCAAGGUGUCUUUUAUUUUUGUAAAGUGUGUAUGUGUGUGUGUGUGUGUGUGUGUGUGUGUGUGUGUAUGUGUGUGUGUGGUGGAGGGGGUGUUGCAGUUAGUAUGACUGAUAUAACUUUGCAAAACUCUUUUAAAAGACCACAGUAAAAUACGUCAUUCAUCUCACAAAUAAAUAAAAAUGGUACGUUAAUUACAAAAAAUGGUUUUGUGGAGUACUUUA